CGGGACGGGAGCAUCGCGUUUCUGAAAUAGGAUUGAUAGGUGGCAUGCUAGAAAAUCCGUAUCGCCAAUAACCCAUUGAGCAAAGUGAUAAAGCGACAAAAUGUGGUCUUGUUGCUCGGCAAACCCAUUCAAAUUCCCAACACCUCAAAAACUCAACGGAGUUUCUUCUGGCGCCGUCAAAAUAUACAACCGGAAGACCCCACUUCUACCAAAGCACUUGCAUCUCAGUUUAAACUUACCCAAUACCAAAUUUUCAUUUUUAGCAAGCUUCGAGGUACCGGUUUCAGUACUCCUAGGCCAUAUAAAUUGCAAGCAUUUUAUUAGGGAGCUGUGUGAUCUUAUACGGCCCAGAUGGCUCGACUUUUCGUGGAGCUUCCCUUCUUGGAUUGUUUACAUGUACUGCAUCUGCCUAUGCCUUGUUGCAGAGGCUCAUCCUGAUCAAAUUGCUUCAGGAUAUUAUGCUUGUGAACAUGUUCAGAAUUAUUAUGCUGGUGCUCAACAUUUAAAAGGUGACAAAUUAAAGGAAAAAUUGAAUACUAUAAUCUCUGAGCAUCAAUCCCUUCCCUACACACAGGUCUGGGAUGCUAUCAAGAUCCUGGAUGCUGCUGAUGUGGAUGUACCAGAAGCCUCCUCUGAUGUAGUUGAAAUUUACUCGUUGCGAACCGUCUCAAAGAGCUUAGCUGGAAAACCUGAUGGAUGGAACAGAGAACAUCUGUGGCCUCGCUCUUAUGGGCUCAUAACACAUCAAACUCUGACUGACGUGCACAAUAUUAGGGCCGUGGAUGCCAACGUUAAUUCAUCUAGGGGAAACAAGUACUAUGGAGAAUGCAGUCCUGAUACAAGCCACUGUUUGAGACCGGCUACCAGAGAAGCUGCACCCGACACAGAAACAGACAAGAAGAGGUGGGCGCCCCCCUUGCAGGUCAGAGGGGACAUUGCUAGAGCGUUAAUGUAUAUGGCAGUUUGUUAUGGCUUUCCUCAAUCAGAUGGAGGGGUUAAUCUGAGGCUGUCUGAUUUUCCAAGAACUGCGAAAAAUGAGAUGGGUUUGCUUACCACGCUGUUGAGAUGGAACGAUCUUGAUCCACCUUCAAGGGAAGAGAAGUUGCGAAAUGAAAGAGUAUGUAAACUUUACCAGCACAACAGAAAUCCUUUCGUUGAUCAUCCAGAAUAUGCCAGUCUUAUAUGGGGACAAGUUCCUCCAAGUAGGAAAGGUUCUUAUGUACAUCGUGCAAAGUAUGGAUUAUCCAACUCCACUAGAACUAUCAAAAGAGACAACUGAGAAGUCAGACUUAAAAGGUUUCUGGUUAGAUUGCCAAAAAACAAACAUUCCUGGCUAACUAUUCUUUAGAGUAUAAUAUAUCGGAGUUACAAGCAACCAUCUUACCUGAGUAUACAACUUGGAUUUAUAACUUAUAAGCUCAGAUAUCUAUUAUAUUUUGCUUGGAGCUGUGCAGGCUUAGUUGACCUUGAUCCAUUCUGAUCAAACAUCAACCGGGUUCCUAUAUGAUCUAUUUCAUGUAA